AUGCUGGCAAGGGGCACAGGCAGACAGGGCAUGCCGUAGACCCCGUGCCUUGACUGUUGUCCUGGGCUCAGGACAGGAGUAGGAAGCAAUAAAGACCAACUAGCCCCCUGGACACCAGGUAACUUUACAGGAGGAUGCCCCAUCAGGAUGAAUAUGGCUUCUUCAAGAAUUGACUCUCUCCUCAUCUUCUACCUCAGUUUCGUGCUGCUCAUCCAUUUAAAAAGAUCAUUUUGCGUCAAAGAUGACCGGAGGUGCCUGUCAAAUGCUUGCCAAAAGGACUCUGAUUGUAGCAGGGCUGCAGAGAAUGUUAGCUGCCGCUGCCUGGACUCACCAAGUGACAUUUCAGCAGAGGACUGUGCUCAAGCCGACGAUCCUUGUUCCUCCAGUCCUUGUUUUCACAAUGCCACCUGCUUAAGUACUGCAGGAAACCUCAGCUUUACUUGCAACUGCCCCACGGGGUACAAUGGGACUACCUGUGAAACUGCCAUCAGCACGUGUGACUCACAUGUUUGUAGGCACGGAGGCACAUGCCGAGAUGAGCCUGGUGGCCUUGUCUGCUCCUGCCCCAGAGGGUACAUGGGUACUCACUGUGAAAUUGACAUUGACGAAUGCUUUUCCAACCCAUGCCUCAAUGGAGCAAUGUGCAGAGAUGGAAUUGGUGGGUACUCCUGCUACUGUGUUCCAGGCUACCAAGGGAGGCACUGUGACCUAGAAGUGGAUGAAUGCAUUUCAGAGCCUUGUCUAAACAACGCAACAUGCCUGAACUUGAUAGGGAAGUACUACUGCUUUUGCCCUCCAGAGUAUACAGGUAUCAACUGUGAGCUGGAAAUUGAUGAGUGUUUGUCACAGCCUUGCCUGAAUGGUGGAAGUUGUCAUGAUAGUCUGGGUGGCUAUUACUGCUCCUGUCCACUUGGCUUCCAUGGUGAUUUAUGUGCAGUCAACACUGAUGAGUGUGCAAGUCAGCCAUGCCUCAAUGAGGGGGAAUGUAUCGACGGUAUCAACAGAUACAGCUGCAACUGUACUGACACCGGACACGUGGGACUGCGCUGUGAAACUCUCAUUCCUUUAUGCUGGUCACACCCGUGCCAUAACAAUGCUACUUGCAAGGACACAGCGGAGAGCUAUUUGUGCCACUGCUUGCCAGGUUAUACAGGGUCUUUCUGUGAAAUUGAUGUGAAUGAGUGUAGCAGUAAUCCAUGCCUCCACGGGAGCGUGUGUGUGGAAUUAUCAUGGUCAGACUGGUACGGAAGAAUUCCAGAGCUACCCUCGGAGUUCAGCUACCACAGAGCACCAGGCUACGUGUGUGAUUGUCAGACUGGAUUCACAGGUAUUCACUGUGAAGAAGAUAUCAAUGAAUGUCACAUGAAUCCUUGCCAAAAUGGAGGAACCUGUGAAAAUUCUCUUGGAAAUUACACCUGCCAUUGCCCGAUUGGAGAAGACGAUGGGGUGAUUUAUGGUGGCUGGAACUGUACAGAAGUUCUUGUUGGCUGUGUUCAGCAUAAAUGUCAAAAUGGAGGAUUGUGUAUUCCUCACUUCACAAACGGACAACACAGAUUUAGUUGCCUAUGUUCAUCUGGAUAUACCGGAGUGCACUGUGAAACGACGACUACGUUUUCUUUUCAGGGAAAUGGGUUCCUUCAGGUUAACAGCAUCACAGCCCCUGUGGAGAACUUUUUCUAUAACAUAAACCUUAGAUUUCUGACUGUUCAGCCAACAGCAUUUAUAUUUUGUCGAGGGGACAAAGACACAUUUGUGAAGUUGGAGAUAUUGAAUGGCUACCUGCAUUUAUCCGUGCAAGUCAAUAACCAAUCAAAGACCCUUUUGCAUAUAGCACACAAUGUCAGUGAUGGUGAAUGGCAUUCAGUGGAGGUAACCAUAGCAGGGGCUGUUACUCUUAAGUUACUUGACAGCUCUUGUCUAGGAUCAUGUCUCAGUAAAACUGCUGCCGCAAUAGAUAGCGAUCAGCUGAUGUUUGCUUUUCAGAGCACAUUUUUGGGUGGUUUGCCAGUGGGGAACAGGAACAGUGACUCUCUGCUGAACAUCUAUAAUAUGCAUUCUGCACCUUCAUUUGUAGGCUGUCUUCAGGACAUUGAAAUAGACUUGAAUAUUAUUACCCCAGAGAACAUGUCAUCUGAGUCAUCUUUAAAUGUCAAGGCAGGCUGUUCUAAAAAGGAUUGGUGCGAACUCAACCCUUGUCAGAACAGGGGGCUUUGCAUCAACUUGUGGCUGAGUUAUCAGUGUGAUUGCUUCCGGCCCUACACUGGGACAAACUGUGAAACAGAAUACACCCCAGGAAGAUUUGGACAUGAGGAAUACAUUGGGUAUGCUGCUUUUGCUAUUAACAGUGGUGGCCACGAAGGUGUGACAAUAUCAAUGUUUGUACGAACACGCAAGCCUUCUGGCUUGCUAUUGGCUCUGGAAAAGAAUUCAUCCAUAUAUCUAAAGGUCUGGUUGGAAGACGGGAAGCUCAUCAUGUCAGGCUCAAGUUCCGACAAACUCACAGGAACUCAGCCAGUGAAUGAUGGACAUUUCUAUUUAAUAUCCUUAAAAAUAGAGUCAAACAAGGCUGAACUAUUCCAGUCAUCUCAAAAUCUGGGCUACAUUUCUAUGCCAGUAACAGAAAUCCAAAGCGGAGCUAUUCUCUAUGUUGGAGGGUUACCAGACGAACAAGAAACCAGUGUAAUUGGUGGGCAUUUCAAAGGCUGUGUCCAAGAUUUAAGACUGAGCAACCAACCGCUGGAAUUCUUCCCUGUCAGUGCUUCAUCGAAUUCUGCAGUCAACAACAGAACACUGAUCAACAUAGCCCCGGGCUGCAUUGGAGACAACCUCUGCAAGCCCAACCCCUGCCAAAAUGGUGGUGUUUGCUAUUCGAUCUGGGAUGACUUCACCUGCUCCUGUCCACCAAAUACAGCUGGCAAAGCUUGUGAUGAAAUGAAAUGGUGUGAACUGGAUCCAUGCCCCCAUGAAGCCCAAUGUCAGCUGGUUUAUCAAGGAUUUGAAUGUAUCACCAAUGCUGUGUUUAGUGGGAGAAGCAGUGCAAUAUUCUAUAGAAGCAAUGGGAAGAUCAGGAGAGACCUCACUAAUAUAGUCUUUGGCUUUCGCACUAGAGACACAGAUGUGAUCCUGCUUUAUGCUGAGAAGGAGCCAGAGUUUCUCGCCAUCAACAUUCAGAAUACCAAAUUAGUGUUUCAGCUGCAAAGCGGCAACACUUUCUAUACACUGAACCUGACUAGCUCACAGCCAGUGAGUGACGGGAACUGGCACCAGGUGACCUUCUCGAUGACAGAGCCUUUAUCCCAGUCUUCAAGAUGGCACCUUGAUAUAGAUGACGAGAAAGACAGUGCGACAAGUACAGUUGCCACAGGGAACCUCAACUUCCUGAGAGAAGAGACAGACAUCUAUCUGGCUGACAAAGCAUUCGACAGCUUGGGUGGUCUAAGAGGGUGCAUGAGCACUGUAGAAAUCAGUGGCAUCCAUCUCUCAUACGUUGACAACACUGACGGCCACACUAAAAAACCACAAGAAGAGCAGUUCCUCAAGAUAUCUGCCAAUGCUGUUGUCACAGGAUGUCUUCAGUUGGACUAUUGCAGCUUGAAUGCAUGUGCACAUGAUGGGAUUUGUGAAGACUUUUAUAGUUACUAUAGUUGCACAUGUGCCAAGGGGUGGACUGGAACUCACUGCGAAAUCAAUAUUGAUGAAUGUGCAUCGAACCCUUGUAUGUAUGGAAACUGCAAUGAUGGAAUUGCCUCGUACAAGUGUACAUGUGAUCCUGGAUACCAGGGGAUGAGGUGUGAAGAAGACAUAGAUGACUGCCAUGGCCACCUAUGUGCGAAUGGGGCCACCUGUAUAGAUGAGGUGAACGGCUAUUCCUGCCUAUGUGCUGGAAAUUUCACCGGAAGGUUUUGCAGACGUGUGAGACUGCCUUACACAGUCUGUGGAAAUGAGAAAGAAAAUCUUACCUGUUACAACUACGGCAACUGCACUGAGCUUCAAGGACACUUGGAAUGCACAUGCCUCGCAGGCUUUACAGGACCACGGUGUGAAGUGGACAUUAACGAGUGCAGCUCUGAUCCCUGUGUCAACGGAGGCCUCUGCCAGAACCUGCACAACAAAUUCCUGUGCGUCUGUGACAUACACCAUGCCGGUGAACAAUGCGAGAUAGAAUUGACAACUGACCUGGCCUCCAAUAUCUUCACUACCAUUGGCUCAGUAAUAUUGGUCUUGUUGCUGAUCUUCCUGCUAGCAGGUGUAGUUUCAGUGGUCACUGCCAACAAACGGGCUACCCAAGGGACAUACAGCCCCAGCCGCCAGGAGAAAGAGGGAUCUCGAGUUGAGAUGUGGGACAUUGUACAGCCUCCUCCAAUGGAAAGACUGAUCUAGCAAGAACACCUAAUGUAUUUCUUAUUUG